GGCCGGGUGUAGGCCCCAAGCCUGGGGCUGGAGUUUGCGGCAGAGCGGAGGGCAGGCCCGGGGGCGGUUGUGGCGCCGAUGUCCCGGUGCCCCCCGGAGGGCCCGGCCGUUCAGGCCUGGUCCCGGAUCCCGGUGGUGGGGCCUCGGGCCCUGGAGGACGCGCUGUCCGUGUGGAGCCCCCUGUCCCCGGACCCGCUUCAGUCCCAGUCCCAGCUGCUGAGCUUCGUGGCCGGGCUCCGGGACGAGGGCUACCUGCCCACCGUGCUCCGGAGCCGGGACGUGUACGGCUACACCUCGUCCACCUGCCAGGUCCCCGCGGGGGCGAGCCCGGGGCCGGGGGCGAGCCCGGGGCCGGGGGCGAGCGCGGGGCCUGGGGCCUCGGCCUCCGGUGACAGCCCGGCCCAGGGAGAGGCCUCCAGCCGCAGCAGCAGCAGCGCCGGCUCCGGCCGGAAGAAGCCGCGGAAGAGGCCGCAGUGUAACGGCUGGCUGCGGCCUCCCGCCUCCGGGGUCCGGCUCGGGGAGAGUCCGGGGAGGAGGCCGCGGGGCCCGGACAGGAGGCCGCCCCCAGCCCCGGCCCCGGCCCCGGCCCGGCCCCGGGACACGGACACGGACACGGACCGGGAGAGGGAGAGCGGCCGCCGGGUCCAGCAGCAGCAGCUGCACUCGCUGAAGGCCCGGCCCCGGCCCCGGCCCCGGCCCAGGCCCAGGCCCCGGGCUCGCGCUCAGCAGGAGGCCGGCCCCCGGCGGCUGCAGCUGCAGCUGCUCCAGUCCCAGGUGAUCAAGGUGGAUGACUCCUCCUCGGAUGAGGAGGUUCGCAGGAAAGCUCAGAGAAUCCUCCGGGUCAACCUGUCCCCAGUGAUCAGGAUCAGCCCCAUCCCCUACCCCCCCCGCUAGGGGCAGGGACACACCGCCCCCACCCCCCACACACACCGCCCCCACCCCCCACACACACCGCCCCCACCCCCCACACACACACACACACCCUCACACACACACACCCCGCUAGGGGCAGGGACACACCGCCCCCACCCCCCACACACACCGCCCCCACCCCCCACACACACACACACACACACACACCCCGCUAGGGGCAGGGACACACCGCCCCCACCCCCCACACACACCGCCCCCACCCCCCACACACACACACCCUCACACACACACACACACACCCUCACACACACACACGCCCCCACACACACACACACACACCGCUAGGGGCAGGGACACACCGCCCCCACCCCCCACACACACCGCCCCCACACACACACCACCCCCACCCCCACCCCCCCCCCCCCACACACACACACACACACACACACACACACACACACACCCUCACACACACACACCCCGCUAGGAGCAGGGACACACCGCCCCCACCCCCCCCCACACACACACACACCGCCCCCACCCCCCCCCCACACACACACACCGCCCCCACCCCCCCCCCACACACACACACCACACCCUCACACACACACACCCCGCUAGGAGCAGGGACACACCGCCCCCACCCCCCCCCCCACACACACACACACACACACACCCUCACACCUACCCCUACCUACCCCGCUAGGGACAGGGACACAGCUCACACUCCACCCUCACCCUCUCCCUCACCUUCCCCCUCCCUCACCUACAAGCCCCACUAGGGCGGGGCUGGGGGACACUGUACUUACCCCAUCCUCACCUGACUGUUCCUCCUCUCCACUAUCUCCCCUCACCUCCCCUCCAUUAUCUUCGCUCCACGACUUCUGUUCCCCUCGCUCCCCUCACCUUCCUCACUCACUCCAUCCCCUCACUCUCUCCUCACUCCCCACCAGUCCCUCCCUCCCCCUUCAUUACCUCCCUCACUCUGUCACUCCAGUUCCCUCCCUCACUUCCAUCCUUCACUCAGUCCCCUCCCUCCCUCCCUCUGCUCUCCUCGCCUCCAAGACAAGGCAGUGCCCCUGCCUCCAUCCACCUCCGCAGCCUGUACCCGGAUGGGCACAGUCUUCCCAACGGACAAGCAAGACUCCCUCACGGACAGUGCACCACAGGGAUCUCCGGAGCUGACCCCACCGCUGGGAUUCUCCACCAAGCUGCAGAUGCCAGAAGGACGUGAGAUUGCAAUGUUCCUCAGGAGUCAGGGAUUCCAGCCACCUCCUGCAACCCCCACCCUCGAGCCAUCUUCUUGCUCCCCAAAGCAUCCCGACCCCCACCCAGAUCUCACCGUCAAACUGUCUACACUUGCUCCUUCUCUUUCUGAUGUAGUUGUACGAUAUGAACUGUGACUCUGUCUGGAUGUCUUUCCGGAAGUCUGGUUGAUAACUUCAUGGAUCUUUUGUGGGGGAGGAGGUGCAAGCCAGCACAGACUUGAUGGGCUGAGUGACCUUCAUCACCUCCUCCUCCUCCUGUCCCGCAACCAUUCUGUGAUCCUGUCUUUAAACAUCUGUCUCUCGGAAAACUGCGUUGGACGGCCUGGCUGAGGGCAGCUCCAGCUGAUCGGUGUUCGUUUUCGGGUUGGUACUGACACUGCUUUAGAAAUGUUUUUCUCGUUUCCUCCACCUCAGCCACUCCAGAGAUGUUCAAGUCGCUGGUCCUCAAGACAAGUAUUCUGAGAAUUUCCAAGUGAUGUGUUCUGAAAUGGCAUGGUGAAGAGGCUGAACCAUUUCCUCCUCGGAUUGUGACCCUCUUCACAGGGAAAGGCUGUGAGACAGUGAAGGAGACCAUCGUGUCCUUUGGUUCGGUCUGAGGGAGACUGCGGUCUCUGCAAUGAGUGAAGCUGCCUCUACAGGUGGCCUGGGCACCUCUGUGGAUCUCGAGCGUAGCAUUAUGAAAACAAAACCAAAAUAAGAGACGAGAUUGCUGGUGUGUCUUUGGUCAUCUCAGCGUCUGUAGCUGCAUUCUCGCCUUCCUGAUGUAAAUGUUUUUCAUAUUCACCAAGAAUAAUCAACAUGGUAGAUGUUUUUGAUUCAAGUAGCUCUGUGUUUUUACAUAAAAACAAACAAUUAAACUGCUAUUUCAGCAGAAAGCCUCUACUGUGAAUUAUGAAAGGUCUGUCAGGAAGUUGGAUUCGUCUUCAUUCUUACGUUAAACAUGAUUACCGUGCCAAUGUUUUGAAUUUUUGUAUGUACCCUUUCUUGUACUUUGGAAUUUUCAUCUAAAAAUGAAUGUUUUUCGGAAUGAAUUCCAGAAUGUUUCAAAGAUUCAACUUGGCUUUUUAAUAAUUGAGAACAAGGGUCUGGAUAUCGAAGCAAUUAACGGGCAGGGUCUGUGUUCUGCUUUCAGCCUGCACUGUAGGAUCAAGAUGUGUCUGACUUUGUGGUGGAACGGAGUUACAGUUCCCCAGUUAAUGUCUGAACCACGCAAAGUCAGCUUUCAGCCUCCUCCUGAACAACAGCUCAAGGUAUACAGGCUGUGUGGGUGGUGUAGGGUUAGACAAAUCUCACAACUCCUCACCAUUGAAUCAGUUAAGGACAGCCUUCAUUGACUCAGAGUACUCAAUGGACAGGCUUUGAGAGGAGAGAAUGUGUAGGGCUACAGGGAAAGCAUAAGAGAAUGGGAAUAACUGGCCAGCUUUCUGCAAAAAUACCAGUACAAGACUGAUGGGCCAGACGGCCUCCUCCUGGGCUCCUCCAGGUGCUUUAAAGUUUAACCAUGGGUUUGAGAGCAGCAGCUGUGAAGGUGAGCUUGCUGAAUAAGCUUACUCUUCGGCCUACAGCAGACAUUGCCUCUCAAUCGUGAACACUCCGAGCUGUUAUUGGUUAUUUCCUGAGCGACUUCAGACACUGUUUUGGGAAUGGAUGUGUCAGGGGGGGUGUCUUGUUCUGAGAGAUUCUCUCUCCCUGAGCCCAGUGGUGAGGGCUUCAUUCUGGCUGGGAACAUGUCAGGUGGAGUCCCAGGCAUGUUCAGCAGAAAGCACAGGGAGGAACAGCAGUCCUCCUGUCAACAGGAGAGUUAAGGGGCAGGUCGAGCUUUAUCAUAAACCCCUGUCUGUUCACCGCUCACGGAGAGCCCUGGGGCCCUCCCCACAGAGGUGAAAAUCAGGCUCCUUUGUAGACAGCACGAUAGACUCUACAUUGAACACCUUUCCAGUGAACUAGUCAUGGAGUGGUGAGGAGCAGUAACAGCUGACGUGCUGCAGUAUGCCCAGUAUGAAAUAGCCAUCGUUCCACAAGGUUCCCUGAUUGACAAACAGCACGGCCAGGUAUCUCUUGGUGUCAGUGCUGUAUUGUCUCAAACUGUCUGCUUUGAAUUGCACCGCUGCAUCUGUUUUUGGAAAGGGCAUCGCCCUGGAGUUACUGUGAGGAGGGGUUGGAGGUAUUUUCACAGUGGGACCUGAUCACGCCUAGAGGGGGGGGGCGAUAUCUGGGAAAUGAUCAUUUGGAGCUGCUCAUGUGGCAAUGAGAUUGAGCAGCUUUUUGGGACGUAACAGGCAGUACAUGUGUUUUAGAUUUUUAAAAUGGGGAGGGGGAGGAAUUGGGCAAUUGAUUUAUAUAUUUUUAACCUUGUCAAACUUAGAUUUUCACACACCAAAUGGAAAACUAGGAAUGAGUGAUUUUGAUAUCUUGACCUGUUUGUAUGUUUUACAUUUAUUUUCCAAAUGACACUUCUGACUGUGAAAUGUACUGCGAUUUUUUCACUCUCGGGAUUACAGUAUGGACAGGAGUUAUUUAAAUAAUAAAAACA